AUGAUUCUGCUUCGAUUACUCUUUGCACUUGCCAUUGCGCAAGUCUCCACAGCCUACCGUCUCAAUGUCCCACGAGUCUUGUUACCGUACCACCCGACUGUCCCCGUUUCCUUUGUACUCGAAGUAACUCAUCCAAUUGGAGGAUGUUUUCACUGGAGAUCAACUCGUCCAGAUAUAGUUUCGGUGAAAAGUAUAGACACAACUGGAGCCGGAUGCUCGGAUCGGGCUGAAAUUCGUUCAGUUGCUAAGCCAGGAAGUGUCGGAAGUUCUGAAUUGUCUGCUGUCAUUUUUGCAGAGGAUAAAGGAUCUGGUACUACAUUGAGUUGCGGAGUUACUGUCGAUGAAAUAGCCACGAUUAGUAUCGAAACAACUACAAAAGUACUCUUUGUGGACGCCGCUCCCGCUCGGAUGACUGUUGACGCCUUCAAUGCAGACGGCGACCGAUUCUCAACUCUCAGCGAACUCGCUCUGGAAUGGGAACUCUCUUCAACAUCAUCCAACAAAGCGAAACCACUCCGAAUCGUACCAUUCGAACAGUCAACUUAUGAAGCUCCAUCGGAAAUUGUGAAGUUGGAGAAGAAUAGAAAGAAAGGAUAUUUGAUUCUCAUCGAGGGAGUUGGCACGGGAACCGCCACUUUGACUACGAAGUUCAGCGAUUCGUACUUGCAGAAAGUAGCCGCUCACAAUGUGGAACUUGCCGUCGUCGCUAACCUCCUUCUCGUUCCAUCGCAAGACAUCUAUAUGCCAGUUCACUCUGUUAUCCCAUUCCAAGUUCUUAUUGUGAAACAACGUGGAACUGAAAUCGUCACCAUGCCAAAUCCAUCCUACGAACUCGUGAUUGACGGUGGUAAUGUCGCGUCACUCGACAAGAAAACUUCAUCAGUUAGAGCUCUGACAACAGGAAACUCCGCAGUGCACCUUCUCAGUAGCCACGUCGACGUUCGCGCGAAAGCUGGUCUCCGCCCACCAUCAACUGUGAUUCACGUCGUCGACCCUGAAUCCGUCCAAUGGCACGUUUCAGGCGAGAAUUGGAUGCUUGAGACAGGAAAACAGUAUACAAUCAAUGUGGAAUUGCUUGAUGAGCAUGGAAAUGUCAUGUUUGUAGCUGAUAACUCCCGAUUCGACACUCAUGUUGACGAAAAUCUCCUCCGCGUGGACUACAAAUCACAGAAUGGCACAUGGCUCCUCGUUACCCCUCUGAAACCAGCUAAGACCACUCUCCGCACAAAAUUCGUUUCGAUUAUCGAUGCCAACGGAAAAAUCAUUGCUCAAAGUGGAAAAAUCGGUGGAGAACAGAGAGCAACUCUCGUCGACCCGGUGAAAAUCGUUCCACCAGUCAUUUAUCUUCCAUAUGUCUCCGAGAAAAGAGCACAAAUCGAUUUAACAGCGACUGGAGGAAGCGGCGUGUUCGAUUGGUCAUCUGAAGAUGGACAUAUUGCAACUGUUGAGUUGGCUACUGGACGAUUGACUGCGAAUUCGCUGGGAAACACUGUUGUUGUUGCUACUGACAAGAGAAAUGAUCAAUUGAGAGAUAGAGCCGAUGUACAUGUUCUCGAAGUGUCUGGAAUUGGUUUUGGAGAGACUGUCAGAGAGACUUUUGUAGGAGAGAAUCUGGAAUUGAAUCUGAAAUUCACUGGUGUAACUUCUGAUGGAGAACUCGUUGAAAUGUCUGAUUGCCGUAAUAUCCGAGCAUCUGUUCAAGUAUCUGACAACUCUCUUCUCCGCCACGAAUCAAAUGAAGAAUCUCAUCUUCCAAAGGUCGGAACUGGAUGUGGAACUGUUUCUCUCAAAGGACUUUCUUCUGGAGAUGCGCGUGUCACUGUCAGUUAUAUGGGACACAAAGCAAGUAUCGAUGUAGCAGUUUACGAGAAACUCAAAAUAUCCGAAGACUCGUCGGCUAUCGCUCUUGGAAGCUCUCACCCACUCGUGAUUUCUGGCGGACCAAGACCAUGGAUUCUGGAUCCGGCGAAUUUCUACAAAACAAGAGAAAACCAAGAGAAAUCCUCGCAACUUCAAGUGACAUUCGAGAAUGAGAAGGUCAUUUUCAAGUGUAGCUCAACGGAAGGAACAGAAGCCGUACGUGUUCGUGUUGGAAAUCAGAAAUCGUCGACUCUUCCUCUCCCAAUCCAUUCCACCGUCACUGUUUCCAUCUGUUGUGCCAAACCAACUCGUCUCGAGAUUUUCGACAAUAAGCCACGCCCAGCGAAGUGUCCACUGAAUGUUCACUCAAUGCUCAUUCAAACUGACGCUGAACUCGUUCUUCGUGGAUCGGGAGCUUGUAAUGGUGUCGCCACUCCACUCGCCUCAAUUAACGGUCUCUCGACGAAAUGGCAAACUUCUGAUAGCUCUCUUGUUAAAAUCAAGAAGCAAGGAAUUCAAAGUGAUGUGACUACUGGAAAGAAAGAAGGAGUUGCAACAAUCGAAGCACACGCUGGUUCACUCACCGCCAAGUACGAAAUCACCGUUUCCAAUGGGUUGACUGUUGAACCAUCUCGUCUCGUUCUCUGGAAUGAAGCCGUCUCCAAAGGAACAUUCACAAUUUCUGGUGGUUCUGGACACUUCCACGUAGACAAUCUGCCAACUGCCGGUGCUCCAGUAUCUGUUGCUCUCCGGUCGAGAAGUUUGUCGGUCACACCGAAGAAUAACGGACAGAUUAGUCUUCGUAUUGCGGAUUCUUGUUUGAUUGGACAACACGCUGAUGCUGAAGUUAGAAUUGCAGAUAUUCAUUCUUUGGCGAUUGAUGCACCACAAUUUGUAGAAAUUGGACAAGAAGUCGAAGUUGAAAUUCUUGCUCAAGAUGAAACCGGAGCCUCAUUCGAAAAAGAGCACCGCCCACUUGCUGAUGCACAACUCGAUGCCAGUAAUCAACAUGUCAUUCUCAAGAAAAUCGACGGACUUCGCUAUACACUCCGCGCUAAUUCCAUCGGAACCGUUUCCUUGUCAGCCACUUCCAAAUCAUCUUCCGGACGUGUUCUCUCUUCUCGACCACACAAUGUUCAGAUCUUCUCUCCGAUUUUCUUGCAACCAAAACGACUAACUCUAAUUCCGGAUGCCAAAUUCCAGUUGGAAGUUGUCGGAGGACCUCAACCAACACCUCCACUCGAUUUCUCGUUGAACAACUCAAUGAUUGCAUCAAUUGAACCGAAUGCGUUGAUCACUUCAUCAGAACUCGGAUGGACUUCAAUCACUGGAACUGUUCGUGUUGGUGAUGGUCAUGUUACAAAAGAUACCGUAAUCCUUCGUGUUGCUUCACUCGGUGGAAUUGUUCUAUCUGCUUCGAGUCAGAAGGUCGAGACUGGAGGACGAGUUAAUUUGAGAUUGAGAGGAAUUGUCGCUGGCGCAGAAGACGAGGAGCCAUUCGCUUUCGGAGGAGCAAUCUAUCCGUUCAAAGUCACUUGGAGUGUAUCUGACCCAUCUGUUCUGUCUACAACUCACCCACUUGGUGGAGAUGUCGUUGAACCAUCCGAGAAUCAGUUUGCUAUUUGGUUUGAUGCGAUUCGCGGAGGAUCAGUUACAGUCAGAGCUGUCGUUGAGUUGAAUGAGAGAGCUAGAAAACAUUUCGUCGGACAGAGAAAAAGUUUCACGACAGAGAUUACGGUAACUGUUGAAGAUGCUCUCUCGUUGAUUCAACCAGAAAUGGCAGUCAAUAGUGUUCGAGUAGCACCGAAUUCCCAGUUGAAAAUGGUCACUGUUUGGUCUCAAGCCGCUUUCUCCGUCCCAUCUGACUUCUCCACUCGUGUUUCUAUCACUUCUGAUGGCUUCCUUAGAACGAAUGGAAAAGAAGGAUCGGCGGUGGUAGCAGUCAGAAAACUGAACAGUCCGGAUAAUGAGACAGUACUGAUUCCAGUUACAGUCUCCCGUGUCGCUUCCCUCGACGUCCAUCCGACUUCUGAACUCCGAAGUGCAUUUGAAAACUCGCCGAUCGUCCAUCUCCCAGUUGGAGCUCAAAUCCAACUCAACGUCAUCCCACGUGACAUUCGAGGACGUCGUCUCUCUGCUGCUUCCAAUAGUAUCAAUUUCAGACCUCACAGAUUCGACUUGACUGAUAUCAUUGCCACCAACAAUAAUCAAACGCUGACAAUCACUCUGAAAAAUGCUGGAGACACCGUUCUUCGAAUUGGAGAUGCGGCCAACCCGAGCAUCGCAACAUUCAUCCGACUCUCUGCUUCUGAAUCUAUUCUACCUCGUGUCGCUCACAAAUACGCCAAUGAUCUCGUCGUGUCUGACGUCAUCUGCCUUCAAUCCAACAUUCUUUCGGAAGAUGGCUCCCGCUGGUCAUCUCAGAGCUCAAGCGAAGGAAGAAUCAACUGGUUGGAUGAGCAUCAAGGAGUGGCUCAACUCGCUAAGGCUGGAAAUACAUUUGUCAGAUUGCACACUAGUCAGCAGACAAUUCACUCGAAGAUCUCUGUCUUGUUGCCAACUUCUCUCCGAUUCCCAGAACAGAAGCCAGAUUUCGUCAGUAAUGAUGAGCACGCGGUAUUCAUGAUUCCAGUCACUGCUAUCACCAACAACACUUCCAAAUCCAAGAUCUCAUCGAUCUACGGAGACUGCACACAUGAACAGAUUCGUGCAUUCGACACCAUCAGUGCUCCAUUCGAGUGUCAAGUUGCUUUUGUCCGAAAGUCAAAAGUGAUCUCUGCAGUCAACUGGCUGACAACUUCUGCCGUAUUCAGUCCAUCUUUCGGUUACGGAUGUGAGAUUCGUCGACUUGACUCAAGUAUAUCAACUUCGUCGAUUGUUAUUCCGGAUGAGCUUCUGAAGGAUCAGUUCGAUGCGAGAGUCACAGCGAAAUGGGCUUCAGAUGGAACGAUUCUGGUGGCUGAUGCUCAAUUGGAGGUUCCAUUCCACUUUGCAUUCAAUGUCGAAGAGAAAGAGCUCGUCUUCUCAAACAUGAAUCAAAUCGACGCUGCUCUUUCCGUCUGGGUUCCUUCCUACGACGCUAAGAAUAUCGUUGUAUCUGGAUGUGAGGGAGAUAUUGUGAAUGUUGCAAAAACAUCGAAAAUCACUGAUAAGCAUUCAGCAAAGGGCAAUCUUUUCUACAAUAUUCAUCUCAAUGUGAAAUCUGCGGCACUCUUCACGGAACAUGCGAAGAAAUGUCAAAUUACUGUUGAGAAUACUUUGACUGGUCAGGUUGUUAGAGUUCCAGUCACCGUGCAGCUGCUCGAUGAGACCGCUAAGCAGGUUUUCAAUGCUCUCGAAAGUCGUGGAAUCAUUGACGUCCUUCUGAUUCUUGCUCAACAAUAUUCUCAUAUCAUCCCAACUCUUCUGUGGACUUGUCUCGUUGGAAUUAUCAUUCUCGCCGUGGCAAUCUACGUGAAAAUGAACAUUUUCGAUAAAUCUGGAUCGUUUGGAGAUAAUACUCUGAAUAACUCGACACAUCAGACAUCCAUGGCUAGCUCGCUCAACAGCACAAAUGUGAGCCUCCGUGAACCAGUAUUCCGUUCGACGCCAAUCGCCGGUUCCCCACAAGUCGCUCUUCCAACAGCCCGUGAACGUCUUCGUAAUCAAAUGGGAUCCAGUGGAGACAACAGACUUUGGAGCUACUGA